CUCGAAACGAUAAGAUUACAACAUUAUAGAUAUAAGGAUGCUUAACAUGUAACAAUAUUAACGCUCGUGAAACAACUGUAAUUAAUCCUUUUAAGGAAACAGAAUUAUAUUAUAAUUGUAUAGAUUUUUAAUAUACGAGAUAAAAAAUAAUAUGGCAAUUCUAAGACUAUUUUAUGGUGGUUUUGUAUUUAUUAUUGCAAGUCUCAUAUUCAUUACUACAGCACUUUCUGCCGAUAAAAAUACAACAAAGAUUACCGAUACCAUUAUAUAUGAUGACUAUGUAUUGCCAACGCAUUACAACGUCAAAUUAAUACCAUAUUUAAAAAAAAACGAAAAAGACAAAUUUGUAAACUUCAUAUUUACAAAUUUUAAAAAAUAUAUAGAAGAGCAUCAAGCAAACGGCAGAGUUGUCUUCUAUGGUGAAAUCAAUGCUACUAUUCAUAUUUUUCCAACUAAAAAAAUAAGUUUAAAUUCAUCAAAUUCGAUUCACCAUUUAUCAGCAGAACUGAUUGAAAGAGACAUUACCUCUGGAUCAGAAAAAUUUUAUUCUAAUGAAGUAAAAAUUGAAUAUGAUAAUGUGACGGAAAUUUUGAUUCUUUAUCCCAAAUAUGAGAUAUUAACUAAAAGUUACAUACUGAAUAUAAAAUUUCUUAAUGCAAUUAAUAUCCUAGAAGACGAUAAUAUUUUCUUAACGACUACAUAUAUAGAGAAAUCAGGAGAUGAAAAAUGGUGGAAUAAAACACAUACCCCGAUGAUUAAGGCUCAACGAUUCUUCCCAUAUUGGGACCAUGCGACAAUAAGGAGUGAUUUUGACAUUUCCAUAAAACAUUACUGCAAUUAUUCAGUCUUCUCAAAUGUGCCAGUAAAAAAUAUGCCACGGCAAAAGAAAAUAUACAAAUUAAAUAAUACAGAAGAAUGUAUGCGAUGGACAUACUUCGGCAUUAAAUCUUUUUUACCUGCUCAUCUCGCGAUAAUUAUAUCACCAAUAAAUUUGUUUCCCGGUUGUGGCACAGAUAGGAUCCACUUCUGGCAAAAUCCAAAGUCAAACGAUAUAAAAUUUGCGGAAAGAGUCUCAAACAAAGUUAUAAUGAAAUUAAAAUUUGAAUGGUUUAGAAAGAUGAAAAUUCCAAAAUUGCAACUUAUCGCAAUCCCAAAUUUUCGAAAUAAUAUUAAUAUGAACUUUGGACUCGUUAUAAUAAGAGACACAAAUAUUUUUUACAAUGAAAAUCUACAUUCUGUUACGCAUAAAAUAGAAGUGGCACGAUUGAUAACGCGUGGAAUUACAUAUCAAUGGUUCGAUAAUUUAAUAAAUCGUACUUCGUCUAAUUUGUGGUUAAACGAUGGUCUUAUUACAUUAAUUGGGAUGGACGUUAUGAAUGACGUCAAUGUUCUCGAGAAUUAUAAAAGAAAUUUGGAUAUAUUGAAUUUAUUCAUAGUUCAAACUCAAUAUGAAUCUUUUCAACUGGAUGAUUGUAAUUUUACACAAACUCUCACAUCAGAAAUCAGUUAUCCUGAAAUUAAUUCACUUUCUUCUUAUUACCGUUACAUUAAAGCACCUUUAAUAUUACGUAUGCUGCAAUAUUUAGUUACUGAAGAAGUAUUUUGGAAGAGUGUCCGCCGAUAUUUAUAUAAAUCUGUGCUUGAUUGGACAACUUCUGAUGACUUUUGGUAUAUUAUCGAAAGAACUAUAUACGAAAAAAAUCAUUCUGAGAGAGGCAACACUGCUAUAAAAAAUUUAAUAAAUAAGUGGGAAAAAAAGUAUGCGAAUUAUCCUAUAUUGAAAAUAAUGCGAAAUUAUAAUGAAAAGAAAAUGCAUAUAACAAUAGAAAACUACUACGAUUUUGAUAAAAAUGAUCAGCUAUGGAUACCUAUAACGUUUACUACUCAGAGUAAUCUUAAUUUUAUGAAUUUGGCUUCUCCGCUUCGUGAUGAGAGAUUGAGACUUAUAAUGUCACUGCUUGGCGGCGAAGAUGAUAUAGCAGAAGAUGGUUGGGUAAUGUUUAAUAUACAACAAUCUGGUUAUUAUCGCGUUAAUUAUGAUGCUGAAAACUGGCAAAGAAUUGCAAAAUAUUUAAACUCUACAGAAUAUACGAAAGUACAUGUUCUCAAUCGUGCUAAAAUCAUCGAUGAUGCAUUUUAUUUUAUGAUAACGCAACAACUCGAGUCUUCCAUAUUCUGGAAUUUGACGAGUUAUCUUAAACAAGAGACAAGUUAUAUAGCAUGGUAUCCUAUGAUAAAAGCUAUUGAAUACAUGUCCAGCAUCUUUUCAUUUUCAGAUAAAAGAGUCGAUGAUAUCAAGAAAAAGUUAAACGACAUGUUAAACAGUCUUCUUUCGAAAAUAAGAUACAUAGAGAACGCUGAAGAGAAUGAAUUUAUUGAAUGUUUAAGAGAAGAAGCUAUUAAAUGGGCAUGCAUUCUUGGCGGCACCACGUGUCAGAAAAAAGACAACAUCGAAACUGAAAAUAAUGAUGAAAUAAUCAAUAAGUUUCUUUCAACUGUUACGAGGCAUGCGAAAAAUGAUAAUGUGCUUACAACGAUAUUGACACAAUUCGAGACACUAAAACCGAAAGAUGUCAGCACCUUGGCAGCACUUACUAUUAUUAUUAAUCAUGUAUAUUCCAAGAAACAAAUUGACGAGAUCAGAAAUCACGCGACAAAUAUUACAGACAGGUAUGCGUUUGCUCGCGCUAAGGAAAUUUCCUAUACGAAAAAUAAAACUCGUGAGGUAAAUAUAAUGGAAGAUUUUAUCAUCUAUAAAAAUCUUCUGAAAUAUUUCGAAUUGUGUAUUAAAAAGAAACUAGAAAUACGAUUAUCUGAAAUCGGAAAGCAUAUGGAUUAUCUUCGGAAAUUUUAAGAGAACAGACUUCAAUAAUUAAUUAUAAUUAAAAAUCAAUGAACAAUAACAAUUUUAAUACUAUGGAUAUAGAUGUUUAUGUACAAAUUGUUAUGAACAACAAUUUAUAUUUAUUUAUUAAACACGAA